AUGGUCCAUUACUUCUCAUCGUCCUCCCGAUAUCGCCAAAAUGCACUUGCCGAAGAUUUGGGUGCAGAAGAUAUUUCUGAAGUGAAUCGCGAAUUUACCAAAUUUUCAGAACUGGGAGAGACGGGUGUUAUUGAUCGGAAGAUCGUUGAUACGCUAGUCAAUAAGAUGAACAUACAUACCAUGACAGAGGUCCAGCGCAUGACCAUCAACGAAUGCCUCGACGGCUCAGAUGUGAUUGCUCAAGCGCGCACCGGAACGGGCAAGACUCUGGCCUUUUUAAUGCCCAUCGUGCAACGCCUUCUAAAGCAUGACGAUCUGCGAAAAAGGCCGGCCACUAUCGACGAUAUCAGAGCUCUUAUCAUUUCCCCCACCCGAGAACUGGCUGAGCAGAUUGCCGCCGAGGCAAAGAAAAUCACCUACGGGACUAACGUUCAAGUGCAGACUGCCGUCGGCGGGACACAAAAAGGGUACCAUCUGAAAUUGAUGCAACGAGCAGGUUGUCACAUCCUUGUUGGUACACCUGGUAGAGUCAAGGAUCUGUUGUCCGACCAAUACAGUGGCGUUCGCCUCCACAACAUCGACACCUUUGUCUUGGACGAGGCCGAUCGACUCCUCGACAUUGGCUUUGCUCCCGAUAUUGCCGAAAUCCAGAGUUACAUGCCACCUCUUAAAUCUAGAGAUCGCCAAACGCUUAUGUUCUCAGCGACAAUGCCCCGAAGCGUGGUCGGACUCGUACGGCAGACCAUGAAACCGGAUUUCAAAUUCGUCAGGACUGUAGAUCCUGACGACGCUGCCACACAUGAGUCGGUGCCACAGCGAGUGGUGUUCCUACCGGGCCUCCAGAAUCAGCUCCCUGUCAUCACUGAAAUUGCAGUCAAGGCCAUUGAAGCGCAUAAGCGCGACCCGGCAAACAACCCGCCUUUCAAAGCCAUCGUCUUUUUCAGUUGUCUGAAUGAGGUCAAGCUGGCGUACCAAGUCUUACAAAAUCUGCGCGAUCGAGGUGCUAGCCGAGGAAGGUUUUUCGGCCCUCAUCCAUUAGCACCGUGCAAAAUCCUCGAAAUGUCCUCCCAACUGUCUCAGAGGUCGAGGACAUCGAACUCGCAAGCUUUCCGAAACGCCGAAAGUGCCAUGCUGGUCUCCUCCGAUGUCGCCGCCCGAGGAAUGGAUUUCCCUAACGUCACACAUGUCAUUCAAGUUGGUAUGCCCAAAUCAAUAGAAGACUACGUCCAUCGGCUUGGACGAACCGGCCGUGCGGGCAAAUCCGGACAAGGCUGGCUCCUUCUUCCAAACGAAGAUAGGUCCGAAUGGAGGAAAUUGAUUAGAAGCAUCCACGCCCAUAAUAUCUCCGAGGAUAACACCCUGGAAACGGGGCGUCUUGACAUGACUCAACCCUGUACACUGACGCCAGAAACGGGAAAGAUCAUGCAGAUGGUUGAGUCGGGCGUCAGAUCUGUCAGUAUACAAGACAAGGCAGCAGCUUACAUGACGAUAAUCAGUUAUAUGGCCGGCCAGGGUCGCGGCAUGAGGUCAAAACAGGAUAAUGUUGAUAUGGUGAAUGAUCUAUCCAAAUAUGGUUGGGGACUCGAGCGCCCACCCUCGGUGCCUGCAUCCUUUGUCUCCAAGCUCGGAUUACAAAACGUGGAAGGUCUAGAAGUUAGAGAUGCACCAGUCUCAAAUUUCUCGCGUGAUAGACGCAGGGCCAAUUCAUUGGGAGGAUACAGUGAACGCGACCCCUUUGGCCAAGGUUUCUCCGGUGGCAAAGGUACAUUCCAGACUUCGAGAUCUAUCCGUCGCGAUGAUUUUAGUAGAGAGCGACCAUCGGAAUGGUAA